CAGAGGAACGUUUGAGGUGCAUGUUCGUGUUUCGUACAGGAACUAUAAUCGGUUGCACCGUCCUUCACCAUAAGCAUACCGGUCGGCUUCUAGAUUGACUGGUUAACUGGCUCAUCUGUGACCCAAUUGAGGAGGAGACCCCUGCGUUAUUGACCCAUGAGGAAACUGCCCACCAAAUUCAAAAGCUGAUUCCCGAUCUUCAUAUCUUUAAGAAAAAGAAUAUGUCAUCCAUCGUGAAUAUUAAAGUCUGAACGUUCUAAGGGAAUUAAAUCAACCAUGUUCUCAAGAUGUGUCACUGCAUGCUACGCUCUGAAGCGGAAAUGUUGCUGGAAAACCAAUGUUGACAUUGAUUAUUGGUCUUCCAAUCCAAGCCGAUGUUUUUUGGUAAAAGUCGUCCAGAGGAAAGCUCAUACAUGGACGAGAGUAUCCUCGCCCAGGAUAAACCAAAAACUGGUGUAUGCACGAGCUCCAGCAUUUGGAGACAAAGUAGCCCUGAUAGACAGUAGUGGAAGCCACAGCUACAAGCAACUGUAUGCUAGCAGCUUGGGCCUUGCGGGAAGAAUCAACGCCACGCUACACUCUGACUUAGGACGGCGAGAAGGUAAACCAAUCUCCUUCCUGUGUGCAAAUGAUGCUUCCUAUACGGUGGCCCAGUGGGCUAUUUGGAUGAGUGGUGGGACAGCGAUUCCAUUGUACAGAAAACAUCCAGCCUCAGAACUAGAGUACAUCAUCACAGACUCCCAUAGUGCACUGCUGGUGGCGGGGCACCCCUAUGCUGAAAUCCUGGAGCCCUUGGCACAGAAACUGGGUCUGCCCUGUCUAACUCUUCCCCCCACUUCCACACUCGGCACUUUAAACAAUAGUAACAACCAAGACAUGGCGGAGGCCAGCACGGACUGGAAAGAGCAACCAUCCAUGAUCAUCUACACCAGUGGUACGACCGGGAGGCCCAAGGGUGUUCUUCAUACUCACAGCAGCAUCCAAGCCAUUAUCCAAUGUCUGGUCUCCGAGUGGGCGUGGUCCCAAGAUGACGUCAUACUCCACACGCUGCCGCUCCACCAUGUCCACGGCAUCGUCAACAAGCUGCUCUGUCCUCUGUGGGUUGGCGCCACUUGCGUCAUGCUGCCUGAAUUCCAUCCUCAAAAGGUAUGGGAGAUGCUGCUGAGCUCCAAAGCUCCUCGGGUGACUGUUUUUAUGGCCGUGCCAACCAUCUACUCCAAACUAAUCCAGUAUUAUGACCAGCACUUUACUCAGCCUCAUGUCAAGGACUUUGUCAAAGCGGUGUGCAAAGAGAGAAUCAGGCUGAUGGUUUCCGGCUCCGCCGCUCUCCCGUUGCCCACUCUGCAGCGCUGGGAGGACAUCACGGGGCACACGUUGCUGGAACGCUACGGCAUGACCGAGAUCGGGAUGGCGCUCUCCAACCCUCUGAAAGGCCCCCGCAUUCCAGGAGCUGUAGGGUUGCCGCUUCCGACUGUGGAAGUGCGCAUUGUCACCAAUAACAUCACCAACACCACAAUUGUGGAGGGAAACCACAGGGAGAGUCAGGUACAUCCUGGUCUGGACGGGAAGGAAGGGGAGCUGCUGGUUCGAGGUCCAUCUGUCUUCAAGGAGUACUGGAACAAACCUCAAGACACCAUCGAGUCUUUUACAGACGACGGCUGGUUCAAAACCGGAGACACGGCGGUAUUUAAAGAUGGCGUCUAUUGGAUUAUGGGCCGCACCAAAGUUGACAUCAUCAAGAGCGGAGGCUACAAGAUAAGCGCCCUCGAAGUCGAGCGCCACCUGCUGGCCCAUCCAGACAUUUCAGACGUGGCGGUGAUCGGCGCACCAGAUGAUACAUGGGGACAAAAGGUCACGGCGGUGGUCCAGCUGAAGGAAGGUCGGAGUCUGACCUUACUGGAUUUGAAGACGUGGGCAAGAGAGCGCGUGGCGCCGUACAACGUCCCCGCCGGCCUGCUUCUGGUGGACGAGAUACCGAGGAACCAAAUGGGCAAGGUCAACAAGAAGGACCUCUUGAGACACUUCUUCCCGUGAAGGCGUCGCAAUGAACUGUUGGCCGCCGUUUCCUUCUCCUGCGCGGGAACGAGGUUUGUCCGUCUUGUUCAUUUUUCUUGCCCUUGUCCAACACUGUGAUGCGUUCGUGAUAAAACGGAAAUCGCGCUCGGUCAUGCCAAGCACAAAUAUACGUUGAAGAUUUUGGGUGAAGCCUGCAACUCUGAAACAAAGAUGUUUAAGAAGUUUUGUUUUAUUUUGAAAAGCUGUGAUGCAAUACCUGCAUAGGAAAUUGAAAUGUAUUCUUUUUCACGUCCUACUACGGUCGAACAAUGUCGGAAUCUAAUCAAAUUGCAAACCGAUCCCCCCCCCCUCCCC